GCUGUUAAAAAUAUAAAGUAAAGUUAAUAGGCGAAACGAUCUUUCAAUAAAAACAUUCUCAGCAUUACCAACAAAAUUUGAAACCUACACAAACUGAAAUGUUUAUAAUAGAACCAGACAAAAGUAGCAAUUUUGUAAAUUGUACUCUCAUAUUGCCUUGUGUAUCUGUGGGCAAUGUUGGCCAACUUGCCGCUGACCUACUUAUCUCAAACUUCUCGUUUGAACGUGUGGGUUACAUUGUACAUCCCAGUCUGUUACCAUGUAUAGGCAACAACCCUUACGCUGUUGCAGGAGAUACUCUCAGUCACAUGACCACCUGUUGUGAAGUCUACCAGAACACAGAUGCUAAACUUGUCAUUAUGCAGCAGAGGGCCCCAUUUGUGAAGAAGAAAGGGAAAGAGUUUGCCAGCUGGUUGGUCAGUUGGAUCAAAGAAAGUCAUUUUGCCCAAGUCAUUGUUUUAACAAGUUCAUUUGCCCAGGAAAGAAUUGAUCAGCAGUUAUCUGGGCCACCUUUUCGCAUACUUCUGACAAAUGAGAUGGACAAAAAAUUUGGAGACGAGCUCAAAAACCAGUUAUCCUGGAAGGAACUAGAGAGGAGGCACUCAUUGCCUACACCAUCCCCGCUCCAGAUCUGUGAGAAUGGAACAGGCUCCCAGGUUUUGUAUAUGCCAGGCUCUGGGAUUGCUAAACAAAUCUUUGAGAAGUGCCAGGACCUGCCAGUUUUAGUUUUGUUAAUGUUCGUGUCAGAGGGAGACAAUGCUGGUGAUGCUGUAGCAAUGGCAGAUCAGUUGAACAAAUGGCUGAAGCUGAAGUGGCCUCAGAAUGUAGACACCGGAAGUGGAACAAGGAACCCUACAACUUGGAGUAUACCUUCGUCCUGGAGACUUGUGUUUGGCAGCACAUUUGAUCCUAUACUCUUUCAGUAAAAUAUAUUUGUCCAGGCAAAACAUUUUUUUGUGUGUUAACAUUGAACUCCCAUUUUGGUUGCAGUUGUGACAUGAGCUUGUUUAUCUUCAUUUUAAACUCUACAGUUAUAACAAUGUGAGUCUGUCAUGGUUGUACUGUGAAAAUUGUUACAUUUAUGAUCCAGGGUAACUCUUGUCAAGGGAAAUGUCAAUUUUAAUGUUAACAAAAUACAGUUGUUUCCCUUGUCAUACUUGACUAUUGACUUUUUGUAUCAAUGGAUUUAAAUUAAAAAAACAACAA